CGGGUUAUAGGUUUUACAGAUGGCUCCUCUCCUGGAGCAUGAAAACCAGAUAUUUUUGGAUUUGUUUCACGAGGAUGGGCUGGUGAUCACUGCCCGAGGUCUGGGCAUCGAUAGGAUUCUGCAGAACUUCCUCAAGCUGUACUGUGACCCGGGAAACCUGGUGCUGGUACUGAACACGAACACAGCAGAGGAGGAAUAUCUAACAGAACAGCUCCGUGCAGAAGGAGUUACCCAUCUGCCGCGGAUUAUCACCAAUGAGAUUGUUAGCAGUGAACGCUAUGGUGUCUAUACACAAGGUGGUGUGUUGUUUGUUACCAGUCGCAUUCUUGUGGUGGAUUUUCUUACUGACAGAAUACCCGCUAACUUAAUAACUGGUAUCCUUGUGUAUAAAGCCCACAAAAUCAUAGAAUCCUGUCAAGAAGCAUUUAUCCUGCGCUUAUACAGACAGAAGAACAAGCAAGGUUUCAUCAAAGCCUUCACGGACAACCCAACUGCUUUCCACACAGGCUUCUCCAAAGUGGAGAGAGUAAUGAGAAACCUUUUUGUAAGAAAGCUUUAUCUGUGGCCAAGGUUCCAUGUAUCUGUGAACUCUUUCUUAGAGAAGCAUAAGCCGGAAGUUGUGGAAUUGCAUGUCUCCAUGACCCCUGCGAUGAUUGCCAUCCAAGCAUCCAUACUGGAUAUAAUGAAUGCUUGUCUGAAAGAACUCAAGCGUUACAACCCAGCUCUAGAGGUGGAGGAUCUGUCUUUGGAAAACGCUAUUGGAAAAGCGUUUGACAAGACUAUCCGACAUUACCUGGAUCCUCUUUGGCACCAGCUGGGAGCCAAGACGAAGUCCUUGGUGCAGGACUUGAAAAUCCUUCGAACUCUUUUACAGUAUCUUUCCCAAUACGACUGUGUAACUUUUUUGAACCUGCUAGAGUCAAUGAGGGCAAGCGAGAAGGCAUUUGGACAGAAUUCAGGCUGGCUGUUUCUUGACUCAAGUACAUCAAUGUUUGUCCAUGCUCGAGGCAGAGUUUACCGUAUUCCAGAUUCUAAAGAAACCAAGAAGACAAAAAUGUCUGAUUCCACUGGUAACCAAGAUGGGAAAAAAGAAUUGGUGCUAGAAAGCAAUCCUAAGUGGGAAGCGUUGAGUGAAGUUCUGAAGGAGAUUGAAACCGAGAACAAGAACUGUGAUGAUCUUGGAGGUCCAGGCCGCGUGCUGAUUUGUGCCAGUGAUGACAGAACUUGUGCACAGCUGAGGGAAUACAUAGCGGUUGGAGCAGAGGCCCUGUUGAUGAGGCUUUACAACAAAACCUUUGGGAAAGAUGAAAAGGCUGCUGAAGCGUGGAUGAAGACCAGAAAAGCGACCAAAUCCAAAGAAGACACCAAGAGUGGGAAAACUCAUCGGCCCACGAGGAUGAAAGGAGGCACUGCUAAACAGAAGAAAAGUAACAAAAAAAAUGAACUCACGUUAACCCAAAUGAUAGGAAAGGGAGAAAGUGAAGAUUUAGGAAAAGAGGAUGAACAAGACAAAUCUAAAGAAGAAAGUGUUAGUUAUGAAAGCAGCAUUGAGGAACCCAAAUAUGAAGACCUCCAGCUAAAUUUGCCUUCUGAUUCUUAUUAUGGCAUCUUGAAAGAACCCCUUACUGUUAUACACCCAUUGCAAGGUUGUAGUGACCCCUAUGGGCUAACAAGGGUACUGCACGAGGUGGAACCCAGAUAUGUAGUUCUGUAUGACGCAGAACUCAGCUUUGUUCGCCAGUUAGAAAUUUACAGAGCAAGUAAACAGAAACCGUUAAGAGUGUAUUUUCUUAUAUAUGGAGGGUCCACUGAGGAGCAGCGAUAUCUCACUGCCCUGAGAAAGGAAAAGGAAGCAUUUGAGCAACUCAUUAGAGAGAAGGCCAGCAUGGUCAUUCCCGAAGAAAGAGAAGGACGAGAUGAUACAAAUCUAGAUCUUCAGAGAGAUGUAACCCCUGUUUCAGCUGCAACUGAUACAAGGAAAGCAGGUGGCCAGAAAUCAAAUAAUGUCCAGCACAAUAUCAUUGUCGACAUGCGUGAGUUUCGGAGUGAGCUCCCAUCUCUUGUUCAUCGGCGCGGCAUUGACAUAGAACCGGUUACUUUAGAAGUGGGAGAUUACAUCCUGACCCCAGAUAUGUGUGUCGAGCGAAAGAGUGUAAGCGACUUAAUUGGCUCGCUGAACAACGGACGUCUCUACACCCAGUGCGUAUCAAUGUGUCGUUAUUACAAGAGGCCCAUUCUACUAAUUGAAUUUGACCCCAACAAGCCAUUUUCUCUGACAUCAAGGAAUUCAAUUCACCAAGAAAUUUCAGUGAAUGACAUCACAUCAAAACUUGCCCUCCUCACUCUUCACUUUCCAAGGCUGCGUAUCCUUUGGUGCGCUUCCCCACACGCAACGGCUGAACUGUUUGAGGAGCUUAAGCAAAACCGUCCCCAGCCUGAUGCUGCAACAGCAAUGGCGAUUACUGCUGAUUCUGACACGAUCCCAGAAUCUGAGAAGUAUAAUCCAGGCCCUCAAGACUUUCUUCUAAAAAUGCCAGGAGUCAAUGCCAAAAAUUGCAGAGCCAUCAUGAAUCAUGUAAAGAGCAUUGCAGAGCUGACAACUUUAUCUCAAGAGAAACUGUCUGAAAUUCUCGGAAAUUCUAAUAAUGCAAAGCAACUUUAUGAUUUUAUUCACACAUCUUAUACGGAGGUUGUGUCUCAGGGGAAAGCAAAAAGGUGAUAUAUUCUAAUGUAUUUAUUUAUCCCCAUAUGAAAUAUUUUAUAAAUUUUGUGCUUGUAAAAACACAUUGCAACAAUAAA